CCAAGUCUAUUAGGUACCUACAUAUUCACAGUUCAGCACUGUUGACGGUAUUCUAAUCAAAGUUGUGAUAGGCGAAUUUUCUCACACCGUGCGUCGUAUACUAGCUGAUAACGAUAGAUGCGAAAACUCAACGUGAUGAUGUUUUGAUUUCGGUGCGUGUUCGGAGUUUUGGAUUAGUUGUGAACCUUUAAUUGCUCAUCUGCAUACGAAGCAGUUUUGAGUCAUUUGCAUAUGCGAUACCGAAGGCGUGGUUAGGUGGUAAAGUUUGUGGUGGAGUUUUCCCGGGUUCUGUUGCAGUCGAGCAGAGCAGCAUUGAGUGCGAGGAAUUAAAGGCAUUGCAACCGUCUCGAACGAAAGCAAUCCAAUAAGUAUCGAGUCAACGAACAACGCGAACCGUAGCCAAAGGAUGGUGAUAAGAAUCGGCGGGGAAAGUUGCUGAUAAGUGCAGUAUUUGCGAGUUAGGUGCAAACGACACCUUUCCGAUCGAGACACAGUGACAAUGGAUGGAGGUGAAGUGAGUGGGUAUCUCGAAGACUCGCCUGCGGUACCGAGCCCAGAGCAGAACAAAUUUGAAAGAAAGUAUCGAUAUGUUAUUCUGGAGCCGGCUAUUCUACUACUGUUCUACGCGUGGAACGUUUCCUCGGCCGUCUUCACCAACCAGGUCGUCUACCAGGCCUGCACCGUCACAUUCAAAGUCAACGAAUCGGAAUGUGCCCUCCUGGGUACGGAAAACAAGACGCAGGAAAUCGAAGAUCUGGAACGGCAAGUCCAGCCCUAUACGGCCACCAUUCUGAUGUCGAAAUCUUUGAUCGAAUCCAUCAUUCCGGCACUGUGCAGUAUGUUCAUUGGACCAUGGUCCGACAAGUACGGCCGCAAACCGGUCCUGCUAUCCACCUUCAUCGGGUCGUUCUUCUCCUAUAGCCUGGUGGCUUUGAUAUGCUUCCUGUCCAGUCGGUAUGAGAUAGAUCCAUGGUACUACAUACUGGCUUUCAUUCCGGCUGCGUUGUCCGGAGGAAACUGUGCUUUAAUAACGGGGGUAUUCUGCUAUAUUACCGAUGUGACCAGCGAACAGAACCGGGCGGUUAAAAUGACUGUCUUGGAAGCGGCAAUCUUCGGUGGACUUUUGCUGGGGGUUUUAAGCAGUAGUUACAUCCUUCGGUGGACCAAUGCCAUGACGGUGUUUGGGAUAGCGGCCGGCGCAAUUUUCCUGGGAAUUUUAUACAUUGUGUUCUACAUUGAGGAGAGUAUACAACCGGACGAGUUGGAUAACUCAACGAACAAACUGCGGGAAGUGUUCCGCUUCGAACUGGUUGCAGAUCUGUUCCAUACGUGUUUCAAACGAAGGCCAAACUUUGACCGCAUUAUCAUCUGGUUGGUGAUUACGGCGCUCGGAGCGAGCAUAUUUGCAAUGGAGGGCACCGGUACGGUAUAUUUCCUGUUCUUGCGAGAGCGAUUCGAUUGGACCGUGAAGGAGUAUUCCUUCUACGACGCCACCGUGAUAGUGUUCAUGAUCAUCGGCAACCUGGUGGCUAUGUACGGUGUGAAGAAGCUCUUCAACCUAUCGGAGAGUAUGCUGGCAGCAAUUGGAUUUUGCUGCUACGCCAUCGACAGUGGAAUCAGAGCGAUAGCCUUCGAACCGUGGCAUCUGUACCUAGCUCUGGGCGUAUCGAUGAUGAAGGGAAUUGCCGGUCCAAUGGGACGCGCUGUAAUCGCCAACACGGCACCACCGAACGAUAUUGGGAAAAUCUUCGCACUGACGACGUCGAUUGAAUCACUGACUCCCCUGGCCUCGGCACCGAUCUAUACCUACGUGUAUAAGCAAACCAUGGCGUGGUAUCCGGGAGCAUUCAAUCUGAUCAGUGCGAUGGUAUUUUUCUUCUGCUUGUGUCUUAUGCUCAUCGCUCGAGUAUUCCAAGGAAUGUACCAAGCAACUACUUACACAUCAAUUAACUAGGUCAGAAGGAACCUAUGUAACUUAUUAUGAUAUUAGAUGGUAGGUAUACAUGUUAAGAUUCAUUUGAGAAGAGAUAACGAAUAUUUUGUUUAUAAAACA